GCACAAGUCACGUUAAACUCUAGAAAAGUACGUUGGCCAUUUCGAAAAAUCGACAAACAAUCGACAAACAUCGACAUCGUGUUGAGAAUGGCACAAUCAGACGCUGCGAUGGACUUCGACGAGAUACUCAGCCAAAUUGGCGAGUUCGGGCGGUACCAGAGAGUGAACUAUUUGCUCAUCUGUCUGCCGGUGCUCUUUGCGGCCGCGAACAGUCUGUCGUAUGUAUUUACGGCCGGCACGCCGAAGUAUCGCUGCCGCAUCGAGGAAUGUGAGGUGAACAAACAGCCGUAUUACCAGACCGAUUGGCUGGACGUGGCCAUUCCGGGCACCAGAGACAAGCACGGCCAUUUCACGCCCAGAGACCCGUGUGUGCGCUUUGCGGCAAAUGCUAGCCUCCUCCAUCAGUGGGACACGUGCAACGCCUCAUGGUUUCUGCCCCAGCAGACGCAACGCUGCCAGCAGUUCGUCUACGACACUGGCGAGUACACCAUUGUCCAGGACUGGCAGCUGACGUGCAAGGAGAACGCCUGGAAGCUGGCCUUCGUCGGCACCACCCACUUCGCCGGGCUGGUGAUCGGCACAGCCCUCUUUGGCUAUCUAGCCGAUCGAUUCGGACGGAAGCUGAUCUUUCUCUUCUGCACCAUUUUUAUGGGCUUGACGGGCAUUGGCCAGGCCCUGGCCUGGGACUACUCCAGCUUCCUGGUCUUCGCCUUGCUUAAUGCAGUGGGCACAUCCGGUGUCUAUCCACUGGCCUUCAUCAUAGGCGUGGAAAUGGUGGGGCCACGCAAACGCGAAAUGACCUCCAUUGUGCUCAACUACUUCUAUGCGGUGGGCGAGGCGCUCCUGGGCCUCGCUGCCUGGUUGUUGUCCAAUUGGCAGGUUCUGCAGUACGCGCUCUCUGUGCCGCCGCUGUUCUUCGUCGUUUACUUCUGGCUGGUGCCGGAGUCGGUGCGCUGGCUGCUGGCGCGCAACGAGCACGUCAAAGCGGGCAACAUCAUAAGACGGGCGGCGCACGUUAAUCAGCGCGAGCUCUCCCUGGAGCUGAUGGCCAGCUUGAAGCAGCAGCAGCUUGAUGCCACGGACAGCAGCUCCGAUAAGCACGAGCGAUUGCAGAAGCAGCAAAAGCAACGCGAGAUCUGGCCAUCCGUGAAGCAGGUGUUUAGCUCCAGAAAGCUGGUUGGACGCUACGUUAUCCUGCUGUUCAUAUGGGCUGUCAACGCUAUUGUCUUCUAUGGACUCUCGCUGAACUCGACCAACCUCAGUGGCAACAAAUAUUUGAAUUUCGCACUGGUCUGCCUGAUCGAGAUACCCGGCUAUAGCUUGGCAUGGUUGUGCCUACGUAAACUCGGACGUCGUCUGGCUUUGUCCGGCUCGCUGCUGCUCUGCGCCGUCACGUGCGCAGCUAGCGGUUAUCUGACGACGGGUGCCAAUUGGCUGAUCGUAACGCUCUUUCUGACGGGCAAACUGGGCAUUACCUCGUCGUUUGCCGUCAUUUACACGUAUACGGCGGAAAUGAUGCCUACGGUCAUACGCAGCGGGGGAGUGGGCGUAAUGUCCACAUUUGCACGUUUCGGUGCCAUGCUGGCGCCCUUUGUGCCCUUGUUGGGAAGCUACUACGAGCCGUUGCCUUUGCUAUUAUUCGGGGCAAUUUCAAUGGCCGCAGGUCUUUUAUCGUUUCUGCUGCCAGAAACCUUUCACAAGAAGCUGCCCGACACGGUUGGCGAGGCUAUUGCCUUGGGCAGCAGUCGAUCCGCUCUGAACCCAAGCGACAAUUGCACAUCCUCCCACGGACAACAGCAUGAGUCUAUAAUUGGAUGAGGCGUAUCCUGGAGAGAAUACUUUCUCAUUUAGUACAAAGCACUAGCAGAAGCAUUAGACUUGUUUGUAGUUUUUAUGUAGCAUCUGAAUUUGUACUU